CGUCUUCCUGUCUCACUCCUCAUCACCACCACCACCUCCUCCUCUGUCACCACCGCCUUCACCACCUCCUCUUACUCCUCUACCUCCUCCAGCAUCACCGCCACCUCGUCCUCCUCCUCGACUCGGAAGAGGCGAAAUAAUCGAAAGCAGAUAUGGCAGCGUCAUGUGUGACCAAGGUGGAGUUGACGAUAAGCUGCAAGGAUCUCCUGGACAAGGACGUGGGCUCAAAGUCGGAUCCGCUGUGCGUGGUGCUCAUAGAGGCUGGGGGCACAUGGACCGAGGUGGACCGCACUGAGCAGAUUCAGAACUGCCAGGAGCCUGCAUUUUCCAAGCGUCUGCAGAUAGACUAUUGCUUCGAGCAAGUGCAGAAGCUGCGCUUUGGUGUCUACGACAUUGACAACAAAACCUAUGACCUCACCGAUGAUGACUUCCUGGGUCAACUUGAGUGCAACUUGGCUCAGGUUGUGUCGAGUAAGAAGAUGACUCGACCCCUUCUGCUGAAAAACGGCAAGCCGGCUGGAAAGGGCCAGAUCACAAUUGUGGCAGAUGAGAUUAAGGAUAACAGAGUCCUCGCUCUUCAGGUGGAUGCUCGUAACCUGGAUAAGAAGGAUAUGUUCGGGAAGUCUGACCCAUACCUGGAGUUUUUCAAGAUGGCUCAUGAUGGCACCUGGCAGAUGGUGCACCGGACAGAGGUUAUCAAGAACAACUUGAAUCCCACAUGGAGACCAUUCAGCAUCCCUCUGCAGGCGCUCUGUACUGGGGACCUGGAGAGAGACGUCAGGGUCGUCUGUUACGACUACGACAGCGAUGGCUCCCACGACCUCAUUGGCGAGUUCAAGACCAACGUCAAGAGUCUCCAGCAGGCGGAGAAGGGGCAGGUGGAGUUUACCGUCAUUCACCCUGAGAAGAAGAAGAAAAAGAAGAACUACAAGGGCUCGGGCUUGGUCAUCGUCAAGUCAUGCCGGACGGAAGUUGAAUAUUCAUUCCUGGAUUACAUCAUGGGUGGCUGUCAGAUCAAUUUCACGGUGGGGAUCGACUUCACGGGGUCCAACGGGGACCCGAGGUCACCGGACUCGCUUCACUUCCUGAGUCCCAGCGGCGUGAACGAGUACCUGACGGCGCUGUGGUCGAUCGGCAACGUCAUCCAGGACUACGACUCGGAUAAGCUCUUCCCUGCCUUUGGGUUUGGGGCACAGAUCCCUCCAAGCUGGCAGGUUUCACAUGAAUUUCCACUGAACUUCAAUCCAGCAAACCCAUACUGCAACGGCGUGCAGGGCAUUGUGGACAUGUACAAGGUGUGCCUGCCCCAGGUGCGCCUCUAUGGCCCCACCAACUUCUCCCCGAUCAUCAACCACGUCGCGCGAUUCGCCGCGGACGCCCUCCAGCAGCCCGCCGCCACGCAGUACUUCGUGCUGCUCAUCGUGACGGACGGCGUGAUCAGCGACAUGGAUGAGACGCGCCUCGCCGUGGUGCAGGCCUCCCGGCUGCCCAUGUCCCUCAUCAUCGUGGGAGUGGGCAACGCCGACUUCUCCGCCAUGGAGUUCCUGGACGGCGACGGCGGCGUCCUCAAGGCGCCCUCGGGCGAGCCGGCCGCCCGCGACAUCGUGCAGUUCGUGCCGUUCCGCGACUUCCGCAACGCACCCAAGGAGGCACUGGCCAGGAGCGUCCUGGCUGAGGUUCCCCGGCAAGUGACGACGUAUUUCAAACAGAGGGGUCUGCCCCCUCCGAAUGUCGCACGAUCCUAAGUUGAUCGUGUGGCCGAGUGGUUGCGGAGGAUGGGAUGAGCCCCCUCGAGCUUUGUGGGUUGAUCUUGGGUGGAGAAACCGUGCCAUAUAAGACUUUGCGAGGUGGAGGGGGAGGUAUUACAAUAUUAUGUUUAUUCUGGUAGGCUCACUUAUCAAAUACCCAAGUCAAAAAACAAACGCUGCAGAUCUUGUUGUUUAGGGCAGCUAUGCUGCUGUGUGUAAACAUACUAUUUUAUAUUUUUAGUCUUCGUCCAUCUGAUGGCAACUUGUGGAAUUUUAGUCAACUCUUACUCUGUGUCAUUUAGUCAGCGUUUUACUUUAAAGAUGAAAAAAACCCAUGACGGAUGUGGAUACCUGACGCACAAAUGGAAAAUGGAAAACUCUCCAGUGUGUGCCUGUGAUCAUCCAGAACAGACCGUGCAACAUAUGAACCUGAUGGCGGUACCCCGGGGUACCAUAGUCACCCCGGCUCUCGCAUAUUGUCCGUGAUGCAGUCAUUUUUAGUCUGUUGAUGGUCGGCGAUGCGGCAAUCGACUCAUCUCGACGAGCUGUGCACAAUGCACUAUUCAAAGUUCAAUUUUUCGAUAACGGAUUUUGUAUUUUUAUGCUGAUGUUUGGCGUUUCGAAAUUGCGGAGUAGCACUGAUUUCGGAUUGAUUGGUAACCUCAGUCGCGGAGUGAAGUAACACCCCUGCAAAAAAUAGUGUCCCAGAAAUAAAAUAUUUAAUUGCCUUUGCCAUUUUGUAUUAUUUGGUACCCCGGGGUACCGCUAUAAGGAUCAUAUAACGACGCAAUGCCCCGAUCCACAAAUACAAAGGAGACAUUACAGCGAUUACACUACUCCUGACGCGGCUAUCCGGCUUGACCACCUCAAUGUGAAAUUGUAGUUGUUGUCUCUGCAUCUAUGUCAGCCGUACGGAAGAAGAAGAAUGAGGAGACAAAAUCCACAGACGAAGACUUGACUCAAAUCCCGCAAGUUGUCGGCAACUAACACUAAAAUGCUGACUAACUAAAUUAACACUGCUCAGCCGUGUGUCCUGGACUGUCCGACACGAUCGCUGUGACGGCGUCGUCUUGAUGUUGGCAACGUGCCCUCCUGACCUUAACGAGGGUUAAUCAUCUUUAUUUGGGGUUUAAAUUCACGUCGGACAACCCAGGGCACAGAUCCUGGGGGCUCCAUAUCUCCAAGAAAAGGGUUUUCAGGUUACCGUUUUAUGACUGUCAAAUUCCUUUGCUAAUUCUAAUUUGGGCAGCUGUAAGACCUGCGUGUGUGUACGACAAGUGUGUGUGCGUACGAGUCAAAGUCCAUGUACUCUCUGUUCAACUGAGCACUGGGCGUGCCCGUGUCUUUUUGCUGUCACCGACCCAUUGGUGGGAACAUCACAUUCUUACGUGAUCCCAUGUCUCUCUGUCGGACAACAACUGAUGACUUCCAACCAAGUGGUGCCGAUUAAAUUGUGUCUGCGCAGUAUAUUUAGUUGAAUAUUUCAACGUGCAUACAUUUUCAUAAAAUCUCAGAAGCUAAGCAGGUUUGAUCCUAAAAUGUGCUUGGAUGGGUGAUCACCACUAUGCAUUAACAGGUGCUGUAGGCUGUUGCAGUGGGGCUGUGUUGUCAAAAUUGAGCGGUGUAGCAAAAUCCAUUGUUGUACUGCACUAUUGCCCAACGUCGAUUCCGCCUUCAACUCACACUGACCAGCGUGGUGAAGUAUGGUCAAAUAUAACCCCCUUGACUAGCACGGUGUGAGGAGGCCCUCAUCCAGCAGUGGAUUGACAAAGAGCUGUACGUCAACAUAUUGCUUGGGAACAGAAAUUAUGGCUUUUGCAAAGUGGCAUCCCUUGCUUUGUGGCAAUGUCUCAUUAGCAUGCCUUCAUUGUAUAGCUGAAGCCAUGCUUGUGGGCAUGACACCACACGUGCUAUUUUUACUAAAUGCAUAUAUGCAAGGUAUAGUUUGCAUGUUUUGAGAGCGGGAUAUUGUAAGGGGACAGGCUUGAUUUAUUUCACUCAUCAUCCUCCCUCUUCAUGUGAUAUUGUAAUACGAUUAGAACAUGCCUAUGUAAGCUUCACAUGAGCGUGAUUCGUCCUCUCAAAAUAGUGUGACUAUCCCUUGUGUGUGUGUGCACAAGCGCUUCUUUAUGUAUGAUAUAUAUAUGCAUGUCGUACGAGCAGAUUUAUAGGAACAAUAAUGUUGGCGCAUAGUAAGCCAUACGUUAAAACAUACUAGUCCUAAUUCUUAUUUUAUGUGCUUGCUAAUUACGCGAAUCGUGUAAAAUGUAUGCUCAACGUGACGUAUAGUAAGUGCCACACGAGCUAAAUAUAGAAGUAGUACAAGCUGCAAGUGACAAUGCCAUUGCCAAAUCACGGGAAUAAUUUGUACUCUUUACAUUGCAAAGCCAAAGCAAUGCAAUUCUACCAACUGGAAUGUAAACGUUACAUGCCCCCCCCCCCUUCCCGUUUCAUACCCACACCCAACGCAGCCUUAAUCCCUACCCUGUGCCUUAGCAGGUUAUUGUCAACGCAAUAACGUGACCCCUGCCCUGUGCCGAACAGUUUCAUGGGCUGCUUAAUGGUAGGCUUGCCGAAGUGGCUCGCAUGCGUGUCUUCGGAACCAUCGAAUAAUUGAUAUCCGUAUCUUCUGACCCAUCCUCAUCUCCUGCUUCCUGCCGAUUGGCUCACCGGUGCAAAUUUGGCACUCGCUGUUUGUGAAAUAUCUAAACGCGCACAGCAUGCCUUUGCGCAGGGUGUGCUGGUACACGCCUGCAAUCAAGGGCUCCGUAGCCACUGUUUGUAGGUAACACAGAUAUGUGCUGCGAGACAGACUCCCAAGUCGAUUUGGCUGCAUGGAGGUUAAGAAGCUCGCAGUACAGCAUGCAGGUUCACGAUCUAUAUUUUCGGACAGUUAAGCACUAUCCUCCUUCUAAUGUGUGCUGGUUUUCUCCCACAUCCAUUAUAUACCCCUUUACGAAGAAGUCGGCCAAUGCUUCGAAUGCAAAAAUUGCUGAAAAUGAGUCCUCACUGUCGGUGUAUUUUUUUUAUUUGGAAUGUGCUGCUUUCAUCGACAGAUUCCGCGCUGCUUUGUGCCUUAGAAUGGAUGUUUCUGCAGUGCCGUCAUAAUCCAUGCCGCCAUCUGCCCUCCUCGGGGAGACGACCUUUAUUGGUCAGCCUGGUGCACUUAAAUACCUCCAAUUAUAUAACAACGUUCGGCCAAUGGGAACCAACAUUUGAAUGUGACAAUUUAAAAAAUGAUUAAAUAAAAAUUAGAAUGUCAAGAUUCAUUUCGCUGAAAUUCUCGGACCUCCACGUGGUAACCGUACACAUUGUAGAUCAUUAUUGAUUGUAAAAUGGAAUGAUUCCAUGUUAAAAUAAAAUAGAACUAUUAAAUUGGCAAAGUUACAUUUUCAUGCAGUUUUCUUAAAGCAGCCAAAGAUCUCAUCUUCAUUUGGACUUAUAUGCGUGGCGGUUAGAGUCCUCUCGUCCUCUGGCUUGAGAUGGCUGCCACCUAUGGGUCAGAUGAUUGCCAGUAUUAAGCAAUUGGUAAUUAAAUAUUCAAUUUGUUUUCCCUAAACAGUGUAAAAUUUUGGAAAAAAAAAUUCACGAACAUUAAUUGUUUCGCACAACGAGUCUGUGUGCAAAAUGUCAGCUCGAUUGGAUCACGAGAAGUGGGUUAAAAACCGACCGAAAGAUUUGCACGGUAGUAAGCAAGCAAGCAAGCACGCAAGCAAGCAAGCGAACUUAAUAUAAAGGAUUUAAAAAGAUAGCAAUCUUGCCGUGUGUGGCUGGUAAAUGCAAAAACAACAAACAACGUAAAACAAGAUAAAGCCACCCAGUUAAGGGGGUUCGUCAACUGAAAGUCUGACGGUGAUUAUGUUCAAAUAGGUAACUAGAGCCCUGGCCAUUGAAUUGGUUUGAGAUGAAGCCAGCAGUGUUAUCACAUGUUCGAGAAUAUUACCUGCCCAGCCUUGAUUUAGCAUGGGAUCCUUCUUCUGGCUCCCCUUGACGAUCACACCAAAGCACAGUGCAUCCACAGCACGGCGAUGCCACUUUCAUUUCUGAGCCAUUAAAAUGAAACGUGCCUUACAACGAGCCGCAUCGCUUCUCGUGGUUGCAUUAACGUUUGAGAGCACUGACCAUUGCGCCCUCACAAAUGUGGUUACUAGCCCGUAAUGAGCUUUGUAUUUUAGUUAUUGCAUCACUACAAAAUUAGUCAUUUUAAACUUUUUUUUUUAUUGAACGCUUGAUAUUGAAAUAAAAUGUAUGCGGCAAGGUG